AUGGCCGGGGGCAAAGGUUUUCCGGUGCUUUCUUUAUUUGUCUACGUCUUCACAUUGUCCCUACUGCAAUAUUCCACCAUUGCCAAGACGACCGGCUUCAGCUUGGAGCUACUACAUAGAGACUCUCCACUCUCUCCUCUGUACCCAGGAAACCUCACUCGGCUCCAACGACUCCAGAGGCUGGUGAAAAUUUCCGACGCUCGGAUGAACUAUUUGAAGUCUGCAAUGGCGAUUGAAACAUCCAAUACAACAGUGCAACCCGACAUGAUCCGUCCAAAGGUUGGAGCUGACACCUACCCUUUCCUCUAUGUGGUGCGAAUCGGCAUCGGCACCCCCUACAAAGGCUACAACUUGAUCAUGGACACCGGCAGCGAGCUCAUUUGGACUCAGUGCCAGCCCUGCAGCUCCUGUUUUGCUCAGAAAGAUCCCAUUUUCGACCCCAGACAAUCCCAGUCCUACCGCAAGCUUCCCUGCCAACACCCUCUCUGUAAGAACCUUCAAUGUGUUAAUGGAGAAUGCAUCUACACAAAACAAUAUGCAAGUGGGUCAUCAACCAAGGGAGUUCUCUCUUCUGAAACCUUCACUUUUCUGUCUAGUAAUCAGUCACUUGAGGCCAAAAAUGGUUUAUACUUUGGUUGUAGUAAUCAGAACCUUAACUUCAAGUUUGAUGGUGGAAUUGAUGGGAUAGUGGGAAUGAACAGAGGCGUCGUUUCCUUGGUAGCUCAGCUGCGUGACCAAAUCAAUCGACGCUUCUCUUACUGUUUGGUAGAAUCUGCUCUCUCAAUGAAGGUUACCAGCUAUCUAAGGUUCGGCAGCGACAUAGUCAUCAAGGGUGGAAAAUUGCAGAAAACCCCAUUUCUGCAAUACAAGAAGAACCCAAAUAUGUUCGCACUGGAUCUGGUAGAUAUCACUGUAGGAACCCACCGUAUGAAUUUCCAGCCGGGAACGUUUGCGUCGAAACCGGAUGGCAGUGGCGGCUGCAUCAUAGACUCUGGCUCUGCCUUCACUUACAUUGAUCAGAAGCCUUACGACAGCGUGAAGGGGGCAUUGAUGGAUUAUUUUGCGAACCAGAAGCUGAAGAGAAUUAACCAGAGGCCUUUGGGUUUAGAUCUCUGUUAUGUUUUGCCGACUAAUUUCAAUCUUUUUCCCAACUUUAUAUUCCACUUCCGAGGAGCUGAUCUAGAAGUGAUACCAGAGAAUGCCUUCUACGUUAGUCGAAAAGACAGGUUUUUCUGCCUAGCGAUGAAGCCAGACCAAGGGCUUACAACAUUGGGGGCAAUGCAGCAACAGAAUGUGCGGUUCAUAUAUGAUGCAAAUAGAAAUGCACUCUCCUUUGUUAGCGAGGAUUGCUCUAAAGAUGUAUCUUGA